CGUGCGACUGCGGAGGGCGGCUGCGCGUCCGGCGCGAGGCCUGGUGAAGCUCACACCCAGCACCUGAAAAGAACGUUUCUGCUGUUGUUUCUUAGGCCUAUAAGCUGUUUAAACAACAGUGAUUACCUCUUGGGCGUGUUGUGAUGUUAUAGGAAUGUGUUUCUGAUCCUCUGAAUCUCAACCAUGUCAAAUUGCUUGCAAAAUUUCAUAAAAAUUGCAAGCCCUCGUCUUCUAUAUUCAAGAUUAUGCCAGCAAUUAAUAGGAAGUGAAAGAAGGUUUUUCGGAACUGUGCCAACAUCCAGAAUUCGUAGGCGAGUUGUCGUUACAGGCAUUGGCUUAGUGACUCCUCUUGGUGUUGGAACUCAGCUGGUAUGGGAUCGGCUUAUCGGAGGAGAGAGUGGAAUUGUUUCACUGGUCGGUGAAGAAUAUAAGAGUCUCCCUUGCAGUGUUGCUGCUUUUGUGCCAAGAGGUUGUGCUGAUGGUCAGUUCAACGAGCAAAACUUUGUGUCCAGAUCAGAUAUCAAGUCCAUGUCUUCUCCCACCAUUAUGGCCAUUGGGGCUGCAGAGCUAGCCAUGAAAGAUUCUGGCUGGCAUCCUCAAUCAGAAGCUGGCCAAGUGGCUACUGGCGUUGCAAUUGGCAUGGGAAUGGUUCCUCUGGAAGUUGUUUCUGAAACUGCUUUGAUGUUUCAGACGAAAGGUUACAGUAAAGUCAGCCCAUUCUUUGUCCCUAAGAUUCUGGUCAAUAUGGCAGCUGGGCAGGUGAGCAUUCGCUAUAAACUCAAGGGCCCCAAUCAUACGGUGUCUACGGCCUGUACCACAGGGGCUCAUGCCGUGGGAGACUCUUUUCGCUUUAUAGCCCAUGGUGAUGCUGAUGUGAUGGUGGCUGGAGGGACAGAUUCUUGCAUCAGCCCUUUAUCUCUUGCUGGGUUUUCCAGAGCUCGUGCUCUGAGCACAAACUCUGAUCCUAAGCGGGCAUGUCGACCGUUUCACCCAGAGAGAGAUGGUUUCGUAAUGGGAGAAGGCGCAGCUGUGCUGGUGCUGGAAGAAUACCAUCAUGCUGUUGAACGAGGGGCCCGGAUCUAUGCGGAAGUUUUGGGCUAUGGACUCUCCGGGGAUGCUGGUCACAUAACUGCGCCUGACCCUGAAGGAGAAGGCGCCUUAAGAUGUAUGGCUGCAGCCGUAAAAGAUGCAGGUGUACAACCUGAAGAGAUAUCCUAUGUCAAUGCACAUGCCACUUCCACACCACUGGGAGAUGCUGCUGAGAACAAAGCUAUCAAACGUCUUUUCAAAGGCCAUACCCAGGCCCUUGCGGUUUCUUCAACUAAGGGAGCCACGGGACAUCUGUUGGGAGCUGCAGGGGCCGUCGAGGCAGCUUUUACUGCUCUGGCUUGUUAUUAUCAAAAACUACCACCUACUUUAAACCUGGAUUGUACGGAACCAGAAUUUGAUCUCAAUUAUGUUCCACUGAAGGCACAAGAAUGGAAAAUUGAGAAGAGACGUAUUGGACUCAGCAAUUCCUUUGGUUUUGGUGGCACGAAUGCAACACUUUGUAUUGCUGGCAUGUAGGACAAAUCCUUUGUAAUUAAACAUUGAUUUUUAAAAAUGUUAUAAACAAACUAUCUUAAGUGGAGAAAUAAAACGUUUAUAGAAAUA